UGAAACUUACACUCAAGCGGAGUUGUAAAUAGUUGUUCGAGUUUUUUGGCUCGUACUCAAACUGUAGAAAAAUGUAAAAAGUCGACUUAAACAUAAUAUUUGUUUGCCUGCAAAUUCUUUUCGAUUUUAAGUUUAAGCGAAAACGAAACUGAAGUAUUUUAGAAAACGAAAACGAAAACGAAACCAAAUGCAAACCAAAUUCAACGGCUUAUAGAUUGCUAUAUAGUAGAUAAAAAUCGCGAGAAAUAAGUACUUAGUAUCGAAGCAACGUAACGAGCGUAAGUUUAGGAAUAAAGCUAAUUUCGGGUGCGUAUAACUCCAUUAGCAGACGAUUAGCAUAGCAAAGUAGUGAAUGUAGAGCGACAGCAGGAAGCAGCAGUCCCAGCCCUAAUUCAAUCAGAGCCAACUGAAAUAAGAGAGAUAAUAAAAAACACGUCCAACGAAAGUCCAAGCGAGAGUGACAGCCGUGACACGGAGCCAAACAAAAUCGUUCCGCUGCUGGGGCUACCCACCCAACUUAAGUUCAAGACACGGCGGCCCAGCGCCCAAACGCAAACUAACUAGAAAACUUUGUCAAACACUCGAGUAAAGCAGCAGCAAACGUGCGCGUUUGAAAGUUUUUCUCUUUCUACAAUUCGUGCAGAUCUCAGAACUCAAACAUAGAUACGGCAACAGAGACACUCGGACAAACAGAGACAGCUAAAGAGAAAGCGAACGAGCAACUGCUUUAAUUUCAACACGUUCACAGCAAAAGAAGCGCCGUAAGGAAAGAAAAUCAGCUGCAAGAUGUCCUCCUCCAUGCCACUGACCAUGGACCAACGACGUUUGAGUUGGCCAACAUUUCUGCUCUCGCUCCUAUUGCUCCAAGCAACUGCGAAUGCCAUCGACUUGAGUCGCUUGUAUGGGCACAUGGCCAACCCCAUACAGAAGCGUAGCGAGGCCUGCCAUCCUUACGAACCUUUCAAGUGUCCCGGCGAUGGUAAUUGCAUUUCCAUACAAUAUUUAUGCGACGGUGCACCCGAUUGCUCUGAUGGCUACGACGAGGACAUGCGCCUCUGCACGGCGGCCAAACGUCCGCCCGUCGAGGAGACUGCAUCCUUUUUGCAAAGCCUAAUCGCCUCGCAUGGACCUAAUUACCUGGAAAAACUCUUUGGCAGCAAGGCACGUGACGCUCUCUCCCCCUUGGGCGGUGUCGAGAAGGUGGCCAUCGCCCUGAGCGAAUCGCAAACUAUUGAGGACUUUGGAGCCGCACUGCACCUAAUGAGAUCUGAUUUGGAGCAUUUGCGUUCUGUCUUCAUGGCCGUGGAGAACGGAGAUCUUGGCAUGUUGAAGUCGCUCGGCAUUAAGGACUCUGAGCUGGGCGAUGUGAAGUUCUUCUUGGAGAAAUUGGUCAAUACCGGUUUCCUCGACUGAGUAGCGCCGGAUCCGGCUUCUGGAUUUUAUUAUGCACACGCACAGCCCAUCAAUCCUAAUUUCUAUUCAUAUUUGGGCACGCCCUACGACAAUUACAAUUACUAGAAGGGCGUUGUAACCAAUGUGUACUACCAAGUAUACACUCACACACACUCUCACACAUACAUAUCAAAUAUUUUCUCAAAAGCUUUCGCAAUUUUAUUGAGUUUUAAAAGUAAAUUAUUUUGCUCUAUUUUGCUUUCCCUAGCCGUCCAAACAUUGAUUUGCUUUCAGCAUCUUUUUAGAAAAAACAAAAAAAACCAGGAAAAGCCACAAAAACUAUAAAAAAAAGUGCAAAAUCUAACAAAACUAAAAAAAAAAUAAAUUGAUCAAAGUUAAAAAUAUAGCAAAACGAUAUUAAAUCGGCUGCUCUUAUCAAAUACUUUUCGCAAGUUCUUCUUCUGCGCUCUUGUAAUCGGCCUGCAAUCGUCGUAUCCUAGUUUCGUUUGUGUUCAAAGACUUUUCCAAAUUUUGAGAAAAUUAACGCGCAUCUUUCAGCAAAUAGCCAAAAAGUUUCGAUAAAUGAAGAAAACAUCAAAAAGAAUUCACGAAAAAUGCAAAUUAUGGAAGCAGGAUCGUUCGGCAAAAGAAAACAGAGAAAGGAAAAACAAAAAAAAAAAAAAA